CAUCUACCUGACUGAAGCUGGUGUCAGAGAAAAAUCCUAAAAGAGAAAAGGGUAAUAUAAUGAUCUUCCUAUGUAUCCUAGUCUUGGCAGCUACGCUUAUAGAAAAAGGCUCCGCUGAGUGCUAUGUUAUACCAUCUGACUCUGGCCUUGUGAUGUGUAGUGACAAUUCAUGUGGUGGACAGUGUUACCCUGACAUUGGAUGUUUCUGCAGCGAUCAAGCAAAACAAUGUCUUCCUACUAACUCUGAAUGCACACCACCUGACAACAUAUGUUGCCCUACGGGAUACUUCUGGAGCUCUGUUGAUAACUGUUGCACAACUACAGCAUUCUGCUAUCCCUCCUGUCACGCUGAUGAAAUUUGUGAAAACGUCAACAAUGUAUCAACUUGUAACUGUAACACAACCAAGUAUGCGGGAAUUAAGAUUUCUGCCUUGGUUCCCUCAGUACACUGUGACUCUAAAGUAAUGGAAGUGUCUAUCAACAAGUGUCUUGUGACAUCUCUUGGAUUUGAUUCCACAAGCUUAACUUUGAAUGAUGCCUCACAAAACUGCUCAACUUUGUAUCCAACUACAACAGACAAUGUAACAGUAGUGACCUUGCAAUCUAAACCAGUGACAGGGUGGUGUGGGACUGUGAUGAAAACUGACAGCUCCAAGGUGUAUUACACAAAUACUCUUCACAUUGGCAUUCUGAAUAAAACCAUCAUCACAACAAAUCCUAUCAACAUCUCCUUCACCUGCUCUUACAAUCUGACUAUGCAAACCAGUUUAGUUGCUGCGCUCCAUCCUGUGCUUAGCUCUGUCAACCUCACAGUAAAUGGAGAAGGUUCAGUGCUCACAACAAUGGCAGCUUAUUGGGGUCAGGCAUAUUCUGAUCCAAUACAAAGUACUGACGAGGUACCAGUUGGAUCACCCUUCUAUUUGGGCCUGUUUUCAGAAUCCACAGACGGAGAUACAUUUGUACUUAGGGUUGAUGAUUGCUUUGGAACACCUGAUGGCGAUAACAAUAGUGUCAACAAAGUGAUGCUUGUGAGUGGAGGAUGUCCAGCCAAUCAGGGAGUUGGUGUAGAUGUUGAAGAAAAUGGUCAAAGUUUGCAGGCAAGAAUUAAAAUCAACUCAUUUGUGUUUCAAAGUCAACCACUAGUAUACAUCACCUGUAACGUGAGAUUGUGUUUCAAGAAUGCAACAUGCACUGGGUGUAAUGUGGCUCGUAGUGCUGAAAGUGAAACUAGUCCAUUAACUAUCUCAGUGAACUUCUUAGAUUCUUUCAGUGACUCUGCAUCCAGCACAGCUUCAUCCUGGACUAUGCUGGCUGGUUCACUGUUCACAUUUUUGUCCAUGAAAUUCUUCUGAGGAGAUUCUUGGAAUCCUGUCUGCUGCUCCAGGGAUGAAUGAAUAAUGCCUGGGGAUCAAAUCAUCUUCAAAAAUUAAUUGCUUUUUUCAUUGGACUAUAAAUGUGUAUCUUUGACUCUGAGGUGUCUUUCAUAGUAUGUCCUCUGGUUAUCUUCCUCUCUCACAGGGCAUACAGGCUAUCUUACCCUGUGUUCCUGUACCAUCAUUACAUCUGUAACUCAAAUUCAAGCAUAUGUCAAAGGGUAAUAAUAUGUGACUCUAUCUAUCUAUGAACUGUUUUUAAUUUCUCUGAAUUAAAUAAAUAUAUUUAUAAUAUAUAAAGUA